UGGACAAAUCCUUUCUCGUUUGCGAAACCACGUCCACGCUCGCAACAAGGCGGGUGGAAACGGCAAAAAUGCGACUGGGAGAAAUCACCCGUGUCUAUGGUCAUUGAUGGCGAUCCUAUGCGCCGCCGGCGGCGGCCCGCUCAUCCCGUGCCCGCGUGCGCGCUCGGCCUCUUCCCACGCCUGCGCCCGCGCUCGAUCUCCCUCGCGCGACCUCCCUUUUAUCCCCGCUGCUUCCACCGGUAUCCUGCUCCUGCCCGUGCCGGCAUCCUAGGGUUUCCUCAUCCCGGCCCGCUUUUCCCGCCGCCGCUGCCCCAAUCCAUCCCAAAUCCACAUGAGUCCGCUUCGGCCAUCUUCGUCAAGUUCCAGGCAUGGCAAGUCAGGGCGAGGCAGGGGUGCUCCGGCCGCCGUUGGUGCCCGAGCCGCUUCGAUCGAUGGUGCUCGCGUCGCCCCUGUGGACGGAUCCAGUCCAGCUGCAACCUCUCCACCACUUCCAAGUCUUCCUGCUUGGUGCACAAGUCCAUCUCCGAUGGGCUCAACCGAAGGAUGGUGGCUUGUGCAGUACCUGCAUGAAGUGAUGAUGGCUUCUGGAGUGCAACCUGAGAGAUGAUAUGGAUCUCUACUGUCUGGCUUGAAAGGAUGGAUGAUGCCAGCUUAUCGUUUUGCCAUCAACUAUUUAUAUUUAUGCUACCUAUUAUCUGUAUUAAGGUUUACUUAAUAUAUGAAAACAUUAUGUAUUCCUACGACUAUUGUAUGGUUGUCUGGAUCCAUGUGUAUGGAUGUCUGCUACCUAUUAUCUAUGCAAAUGUAUAGAUGUCUGCUACCUAUUAUUGUUUACCGUAUGUUUGGUGCAAAAAUGCCGUCAGAUAUGCAUGUGGCCACAUUGUGGGCAGCCAUAGUUGA